AAUGUCAAUCUGAGCAAGGGAGUCCCAAAUAAUCUAAAGCAAUCUGUAAGGACCUGACCUUAGUCCAUCCAGAUCAAUAGGGAAGUGCGGGUGGAAAGAAGAAGAAGAGGAAGAAAUCAGGGGCGCAACCGGAUCGUUUACACUGGCUGUUCCCGAGGAAAUAUAGACUUCCCCCGCGCGCACCUUUUGUUGCUCACAUGCUCACACUGUAAAAGUGGAUAUCGAGGCAAUUCCCCUGUUUUGUGCGACUGCAGCAGACUUUCCCCCCCUUUUCCUGCCACCAUGUCGUUCCCUCAGCUGGGAUAUCAGUACAUCCGACCGAUAUACCCUCCGGAGCGCCAAGGGAUCGCCAGCAGCGGCCGCGCCGGGACGGAGCUCAGUCCGUCCGGCGCGCUCUCCAACGUCCUCUCCACCAUGUACGGAUCUCCGUUCGCCGCGGCGGCGCAGGGCUACGGCGCCUUUCUCCCCUACUCCAACGACAUCUCCAUUUUCAACCAACUGAAUGCUCAGUACGAACUGAAAGACAGUCCCGGUGUCCAGCACCCAGGGUUCGCCCACCAUCACCCUGCUUUUUACCCAUAUGGCCAAUAUCAGUUCGGUGACCCGUCCAGACCCAAAAACGCCACAAGGGAGAGCACCAGCACCCUGAAGGCCUGGCUCAGCGAGCACCGCAAGAACCCGUACCCCACCAAGGGCGAGAAGAUCAUGCUGGCCAUCAUCACCAAGAUGACCCUCACCCAGGUGUCCACGUGGUUCGCCAACGCCAGGAGGCGGCUAAAGAAGGAGAACAAGAUGACCUGGACCCCCCGGAACCGCACGGACGAAGAGGGGAAUGUUUACGGCAGCGACCAUGAGGGGGAGGAGGGGGACAAGAGGGAGGACGAGGAGGAGAUCGACUUGGAGAACAUCGACACGGAGAAUAUUGAGAACAAGGACGACCUGGACGACCAGGAUGACCUGCACUCAGACAUGAAACUGGACGCGAGGAGUGACUCUGAGAUUUCAGACGGCUAUGAGGAUUUACAAGGGCCCGACCAGAGGUUUCUAAAAGCGGUGGGCAAAGAUGGGAAGGACGCGGAGCGGGGAGGGGAGCACUUCCACAGCCACCACCACCACCACCACCACCACUCUCCCUUGGAAAUCAAAGCGUCCCAGGCGAACGGCGAGCCGCUCAAACUGAACUCGGCGUCCCUGAACUCGCCGCCCUCGGAAAACAACGCGGCCCCGGCCCAGAAACCAAAGAUCUGGUCUUUGGCAGAGACGGCCACGGCCCCCGACAACCCGCGCAAGUCGCCGCAAAUGAACGGCAGCAACGCCGCAGCGCCGGCCGCCCAGACCAUAAUCGCCCCCCACAGACUCAUCUCCUCUUGUCCCGUUGGGAAAAUCCAGAACUGGACGAACCGAGCCUUCUCGGCACACCAGCUGGCUUUACUGAACUCCAAUCAUUAUCUGGGACUGGCGAACCAGGCCACUGCCACCGGCCUGGCCCUCUACAGCAGCAGGCACACGGAAGACAAGAGUCAUAGUUCAGAGACUCCAGUCACAGGUACAUGUCCCCGUCCCUGAGACGCGCAUGUAGAAAUUACUCCAAAAGACAAAGACAUUAGUCCAUUUCCCGUCGUUCAUUUAUGUUAUUUUAGACCUCAUUUGCCUGUUCAUGGGUUUGUUUUCUCUCUAGGCCACACAGAUGAACAGUGUUACUAUGUUAGAGCUUACAAUGUGUGUGUGAGUGUGUGUGUGUGUGUGUGUGUGUAGCUGCUUAUGGAAACAUCACCAGAAAGCAAUUACUAAAACGUUCAAUUGGGUAAAACUCGUUUUUAUUUUUUUGUGCCCCAUCUCUAUUAUAUUACAUAGUCCACAUGGCAGGAGGCGUGUGUGUUUGUAUUUAUUAUUGCUUUACUUAAUUCCCCCUCAAUCCAGUAAACCAACAAGUCUUUUUUUUUUAAACACAGAGUUUGCUGAAACCCAGGAUGGGCUCAACAAUAGUCUGUUUACUUAGCACAGUUUCAUUUUCAUCGCCACAGUUUUUCAGAGAGAUCUUAGUGCCUUGGAUGCAGAGGAAAAGUUGUUAAGCAGCGUUCCACCCAGUUCAAAGACAGAGAGGCUGUCAGUUGAAUGACAUUUGGGAAUUUUUCUUUUGAUGCCAUAUCACGUUUUUUUCCUCUUUAAAUGCCAUAUUUACCCAAAUUAGCUUUUAUUCCAAGAUUUGUUUUUCUCCCCGUGUGUGCGCUUGUGUUAUUUCGUCAGGGCCUGUGUUACACUUACUUGUUUGGUCAUGCAAAUGAGCUCAAUGCAAAUUCAGUACAGGCUCGUUUUGAAAGGCAAUUGUCACUUUUAUAUCACUUUGUGUUUUAGCUCUUCGCGAGGCUAUUAUUAGUGUUGUUUUUAAAUACAUCUUUAUUAUUAUUUUUGUUUUAUCCCGGUGUAUUCCAGGCCUCAGAACCAACUAGACGCAGCAAUGGUUCGUUCGGCUCGCUCCUCUCCACAACCCCCUCACAUCACCCCCCACCACCCCUAAUCUUAAUUUGAAUAUGGAAUGUAAAAUAAGAAUAAUACAUCUCUGUAUACUUACAUUGUAAGCAUGUCCUGUGUAAAACUGCUAAUGUAAUAAUGUAUGAACCUGUAGUCUGUGAGUUUCUUUUCUUUUUGUAAGUUCUGUGAGGAUUUGAUGUUCAAAUGUUUUGUAUAUAAAGUUAAGAAUAUGUACAUACUUGUGAACCAAAUUGUACAAGAAAGUCUAUAUUUUGGCUAAUAAAUGAACUGCUGCAACUUUAAA